CCGUUGGACGCAGGCGCAGAUCGCGUUGCCUAACAGUGGUAAACAGACGUCAGAAGGGAGUCUUCGCCUCGAGUCAAAACAAAACAAAGCAAAAUAAGUCAAAAAGAGAGCAAAGAAGCGAAUAUUUGGAUCGCCACGGCGACAGAAAGUUCCUGGAAACUCUUCUCGGAUCAGAAGCGGCUGCUCGGAGGAGCCCACGCGGGAUUUUUGUUGCGGACUUUUUCACGGAUUGUAAACUCUGGAGUAGCAGGAGCUUAAAGCAGCUAGCGUCACAGUGGCUAUCGCGCUGUUUGGAAAGUGCGGCGACUGGGAGCCGACGGACCCGCUGACGACCCGCGGCUCCACGGAGUUCCACGGGAUCAAACAGCGGGAUUCCUUUUGGCCGAGUCCACGAAGGCCAGCUGGGACGGGAGUUUUCGUCGCGAGUGGGGGUUCGUAAAAGUGUUCGAGCGCCGUGCGAGGCGGCAGGACCGUGGGAGAAACAUGGCAGUUGGUGACAUGCGCCUGGCCGCAAUGUGGCGAAUGGAGCGGACCUGAGGCACGGACUUUACGGCUACUUCGUACCUUUUUACCUUUACUUUACUACAGUAAACUUUAUAUAAAUCAAAUUAAAGCACAUCCCCGCUGCUUUCCUCCCUACUUUCUUUCUUUUUUUGUUUUUUUUUGGACACCAGUCUGGAUGUUUAAAUCCCAGACAGGACGCAGAGACAGUGGACAAAGUCUCAGAACUGUUUGUACACUUUGGGGCCACACAAAGUCGCUCCUGAGACGUUUUUACUAUUAAAUUAAAUUCAGGCGCGUUGGAUAGUGACUGCUGAUUUUUUUUUAAUAUAUUAUUGGUCUUUUUUUUUUUGGGUGAAUAGUUUUUAUUUCUGCUUAUACAUAAACGGGCUCCUCAAAAUAGUUUUAAUGUAAUCGGGAAAUUUUGUGCAGAAUAAGUAUUUUCACUCAUUUCUAACAUAUUAUUUUGGUAAUAAUAUAUAUAUAUAUAUUUGAGUGCGUAAAAAUAGAAAAUAUAUAUAUAUUUUUAUUAAUUUCCAUAUUAGCCCAAACCUCUGUGGAUCCAGAUGUUUUGGCGCUCACUGACACUCCUUCGCUGUUGUUUGUGUCUCAUUGAAACAAAGAGACUCAGUCUGCCUUCUUCUCUGUAUAUAAAUCGGAAGGUUUAUGAUAGUUACUAUUAAGGAGAUUAUUUGGGUUCCCUAAUCUCCAAUCUGAGGAUUAACUGAGGCCAUUGGUGUGUCCAGAUUAUUGCGUCUCCUUUCCAGGCCCCUCGGUUAAAGCCCCCCCUCUCCGGUCGUGACUGAGCUCUAUUUUUGUUUUGUACUCCAGAAACUUUUUUUUAAAAUUAUAUUUAAAAGGUAGAUGUUUUGACCAGAGCCAAACUUUGGAAGAGGAAGUUCAGAGAACCAACAUGGAGGAGUCAUCGAUGCCCCCCAUCGACCCCGACUUUGAGCCGCAGAGCAGACCCCGCUCCUGCACAUGGCCGCUCCCCAGACCCGACAUCUCGGCUGUCAAAGUGGAAGGGGCGGACGGCGCCGAGUCCGCCGCCGGGACCCCGCCCGCGGCCGACGAGGACAAACCCGAGCCGCAGCAAGUCACCUCCGAGCCCGAGAAAGCUGCCGCGGCGGCGGCGGCUGCGGCGGCGGAGGAGGGCGGCGCUGUGUCCGGCGUGGGCGGGGCCGGAGCGACGCCCCGCAAAGGCUCCUCCAGGCGCAACGCGUGGGGGAACCAGAGCUACGCGGAUCUGAUCAGCCAGGCCAUCGAGAACUCGCCGGAAAAGAGGCUGACCCUGGCCCAGAUCUACGACUGGAUGGUGAAAACUGUGCCUUACUUCAGAGACAAAGGAGACAGCAACAGCUCUGCCGGCUGGAAGAAUUCAAUCCGCCACAACUUAUCACUCCACAACAAGUUCCUGAGGGUUCACAAUGAGUCCACCGGCAAGAGCUCCUGGUGGAUGCUCAACCCCGAGGGGGGCAAGACGGGGAAGGCGCCCCGCCGCCGCGCCGUCUCCAUGGACAACAGCAGCAAGCUGCUGAAGAGCCGCAUGAGAGCCAAGCAGACCAAGAAGCAGGCGGGGGCGGCCGGCGGCGGAGGGGCGCUGCAGGGAGAGGCGGGCGCGGGGUCAGCGGGCGCCGACAGCCCCAACUCGUCCCAGCAGUUCCCCAAAUGGGGCGUGAACAGCAGCAGCCCCUCGUCCCGGGGCAGCCUGGACGACGGCGACAUGUGGACCACCUUCCGCCCGCGCACCAGCUCCAACGCCAGCACCCUGAGCGGACGGCUGUCCCCCAUCGCGCCGGGCCAGGAGGACGACGACGACGGCCUCGCCGACGACGGCCUGCUGGGGAGGUACGCCUCCAGCAGCCUGACGCCCACGCUCACCGAGACCGUCAUGGAGGAGCUGGACCUGAUCGACAACCUGACGCUGAUGACGGGGCAGCAGGGCGCGGCCAGCCCCAGCACGGCGCCGCCCGCGCCUCCGACCCCGCUGCCCUCCGCCUCCACGCUGCUGCCGCGGGGCUCCGGCUUCCCCUCCUUCCACCAGCUGGCGCAGACCCCGGCGCACGGCGGCACCCAGGCCUCCGUCUCUCUGUGUGGGCCGAGCGGCAAAGAGCCGCCGCCGACCUUCAGCAACUCUCUCUUCAACUCCAUGCCCAGCUCCGGCUCCCACGGCGGCGGCGGCGGCCAUUACGGCGGCCACGUUCCCUCCAGCCUGGAGGUGCUGCUCACCUCGGACUCUCCUCCCCCCAGCGAUGUUCUGAUGGCCCAGGUCGGCCCCCUCAUGAGCAACUCUGCAGGCCUGAGCCAGAUGAAUCUGAGCGUGCGGCCCAAACCCGCUCAGCUCCAGCUGAACAAAGGGCUGGAGUCCAACGCCGUGGCGCCGAUGGCCAUGCAGACCCAGAUGCAGCCUCAGCAGCAUCACCUCCACCACCACCAGCAGCACCACCAGCAGCAGCACCAGCAUCACUCUCAGACGGGCCUGGGGAUGAUCCAUUCUGGGCUCUCCCAGGACCCAGCGCCGCUCUCUGCGCUCAAAGCCCACCAGGCGCCGCUACAAGCCAUGAACUCUCACCCCGCCGCCGGUCAGACCAUGAACCUGCCGGCGAUGAGUCCGUUCGGCGCUGCGGCCGGCUUCCCGGCCGCCCAGGAGCGGCUGCCCACAGACUUGGACAUAGACAUGUUCACGGAGAACCUGGACUGCGACGUGGACUUCAUCAUCAAUAGCGACCUCAUGAUGGACGGCGACGGCAUCGACUUCAACUUCGACCCCGUCCUGCCCGGAGGCCAAGGCUAUCCGGGGCCGACCACCGCGCAGGGCUCGGCUCACAGCUGGGUGCCCAGCUAAUCCUCUGGCUGAACGCGCAGACUCUGCCAGGAACUGACCUCCAGUCAACAUAACCUCACUAAAAAACAGCAGAACAACCGGUGCACCCCCAUCCCUAACACCCCCCCCCAACCCCCCCCCCCCCCCCCCCCCCCCCCCCCCCCGCUGACCGAACAUUGUGCACGUCCAACAGCGAACCCAGGCCCGACCCACGACAUGUGCCAAGACGUGCCGAGCACAGGGAGGCCUUUCAGGCUACUAUGCACAGUUUUUAUAUUUUUUUUCAUAAUAACACUUGGCAACAUUUUUGGCUGCUAGCCAUUUUUCUCUUAAGAACCAGAACUGAUCACUUUUUUUUUUCUUCCCCCUGCAAAAGAUGUGUGACGAAAUACUUUUUGGAGUGUAAAGACAUUUAACGGCCUCUCCUGUGCACAGAGUUUGCGUUUCGCGCCACGUUACGCCAGAGCAAACGUAGAGACGGUACGUCCAGAUCGAGUCGCCUGCUGGUUUUGAACACUUUUUGCUUGUAUUCUGGAGAAAUGGCCAGUUUUGAACCGGCGCUCCAUCUCAUUCUCUCUCGAUAUGAUCGCGAAUAAAGAAAGAGACGGUCGAGCCGCACAGACGCCAGAGAGAAGCUGGGAGGGUCUAAGAACCGGACGACUGGAGCUGUGCUUUACAUCUCGCCCAGAGCGCCCUGACAAUUUAACUCAGAAGAAAAAGCAAAUCUCUGUUAGUUUAAUAGUUGUUGUUUUUUUUUUUUCUCCCAGUUUGGCAUUUUGUUGACAAGCGUGUUACGGUAGGAGCCAGUUUGAGGGUGUUUUCGUUUUCUCUUAAAUCCCUGAUUUGCAGUUGAACUAACGAAAUGAAGAAAUCGUACAUGUGGGCUGAAAUGGGGCAUUUCAAAGGCAAAAACCGAAGUGAUUAGUGUUAUAAAUGAUCCUAGCCACCAGGAUGCCUCCACUGUCUAAAUUGUCUACCUUAUCGUUAUUGUUGUUGUUGUUUUUUUUUUGGGUCUUCUUCCUUGUUUUCUCCUUGAGUCUGUGCAUUUUCAAAGCACUUAGGUUUCCUGCAACACAGGGACCCCAAACUGUAAAAAGAGACACACAAAAAGUGUAUAUCAUUUCAACAAAUAAUAAUAAAAAGAGAGUAUAUUAUCCUUUAAAAGAGACAAUGUAAUGACCACGUUGCACCCGUACUUGACGGCACGCUAUGCAGAGGAGAGGUAAACGAGACCUUGGAGGAGAUCAAAGGUUUUCUGCCGUUUACCCGACACGGUGCCUCGUAAAAAAGUAUUCAUUCCCGUUAAACGUUCCACGCUUUGCCGCGUCACAACAACGGACCUCGCCGCGUUUUAUUGGGGUUUGACGAUUGGGGAGUGGAAAGUGGAACGAUGAGUAGUUUUUAACCCUUUUCUUUUCCAAAUAUCUGUAAAGUGUCGGGGAGUUCGUCCUGCGAAUUGGACAAACCGACCGUCUCAGUCGCCUUGGUCAGUCCGCCCCAGGGCAGCUGUGGCUACAAGCAUAGCUCACCACCGUCAGGGUGUGAAUGACUGUAGUGUAAAGCGCUUUGGGGUCAUCGCACUUGUUAAAGCGCUUUGCAAGUAAAAGCUUCAUGAGUCUUGGGACCAGAACCUUCCAUUCUCCUGUUUUAGGCUGACUCGAGCUCAGCCGAGUUGGACCGAGCGUCUGUGAACAUCGGUUAUCAAGUCCUGCUAAAGCUCCAUUGUAUUUGCUUCCUGGACAGUGACCGAAAUCAACUUCCUUGAUUCACCGGCCAAGUUGAUUGGUGGAUGUAAGAAUCAGCCGGCCAAGCAUAUUUUUUACCGGCCAAAAUGUUAAUUCUGGCUGACUCCUGCUAAAUAUCUCCACGUCAUCCUACUACAUAAUUAGCCUGAGCUAAACGCUAAUAAGCUAAACGCUAGCUGUUAGCGAACGGACAUGACGCAGCUGCUGUCGUACGAGCUGACUGCAGAGGAACAUAAAGAAGCAUCCACCCAAAUUAUGACUUAAAAAACACCAUUUAUUUAGUAAAAACAUUUACUCGCCAUGUAGCAGCUAGCCCUCUGAAAUUUCCUCGCCAAAUGGAAAAUUUGCUCUCAUUUGGCGUCUGGCGAGUGUUAAUUUCGGACCCAGUUCCUGGAAACUUUGACACAGGGUUCCCUUGUAGUUCUGGCUGCACGUUUACGGUCAACCUGCUGGAAAAAAAGCCAGAUUAGCAGAACGCACGACUAAUAGUCGGCCAGUCAACAGACUCUCCCGCCUGAGCGUUGGGUCUCUGUGGCUCCGCAGUGAUUUUCAGUCCCCUGCAUGUUUCAGACGUUUCCCUGCAAUCACCUCGAUGUGGCGUGCUAAAGCCGGGAAACAUUUAAAACAUGCAGGGCAGUGAGGAGCUGCUCUGGUUAAUGUUCUCUGUUCACUAAUUAGUGGACUUUUGAUUGCAGUGGAUUUUAUUCAGUUAUAAACGAUUAAAUACGGGCAAACGCAGGCGCAGGCCACACUUUUUUAGAUUCACUGGUUUACUUGGGAAGCUGUAUAAUUUUCCUUCCCCGUUCUACUUUUUCCUCGUUUUUGACAUAAAUCCCCAAUAAAACACGUCGAGGUUUGUUGUUUCAGCGUCGCCAAACGUGGAAAAGGUUCAAGAGGCAUGCAUAUUUUUGACAAGACGGAGCUAAAUUGCUUUUUUCUUUUUUUUUUUUCCUUUAAUGGAGCGGGCGCUUGUAAGAGUGUCCUCUCACACUUUAAUUUUUUUAGUACUAACAUUAAAGCAAUUAAAUCACAGUGUGAGCGGUACCAGGAAAAGAAUAUAUUUGAUGAUAGUUUUAAUAUACAAUUUAGACUGAGAUGAUAAAUCAGAUAUUAAUACGUAUAUUACUAAUGACAAGUGAUGUUUGGGUUCUUUUUUACAUUGGAGGAAGCAUUCUCAGAUCAUUUUUAAAGGUAAUUUUCUAUACUUUUAUUUUUGUAAAGGACGUGUGAUGCAUGUAGAGUUGUUUUGUACGUAACCAAAGGAACACUAAUAUUUUGCGUUUGCAUGGCAUUUAAAGAGCGCUUGGGCCCGACGCAGCGUCACCUUCUGUGUACAUAAGCUUUGCGAAGCAGACCGGUGUUGUAAUUUUAUUUUGUGACUUUUGUGAGGAAGAUGAACGAGGCGAAUACUUGAUCGAGUCAGCUACGAUUCACAGCCACCUGCGUGGAGCUUUUUUAUUACGUUUUGUUCUCAAACUGGGCGCCUAAUCCGUCGGCUCUCAUCUCAAAACGCGUUACCUCUGGGAAGACUGGCAGGAAAGGAGCAGAUGUAAUCGGAUCGCAGCGAAACGUAGACUGGAAACCCAACACGCCAUGUCUUUCAUUUAAUUUCCUCUUUUACAAAAAAAA